AUGCGUUUUCCGAGCUUGUCCUCUCUGCUGUGUCUGGCCGGCUUGGCCUCCGUCCCCGUCAAUGGCUAUGCAGGUGACGAUCCCAAUAUUAAAAGCAUCCCGCUCCGAACCCACAGUCUUGCGCCGCCCUACCUUGAUUCGGAUUUCCAAAGCCGCUGGUUCGACUUCGGAGGAGAUACUGUGAUUCGCGCUGAUAAGUAUAUUCGCCUGACUGCAGACCGUGCGUCACAGCAAGGUUGGAUCUUCUCUCGGGUGCCUCUGACCGCAACCAAUUGGGAGAUCGAACUUGAAUUCGAGGUCCACGGCAACGGUAACCUUCACGGCGAUGGCUUCGCGCUUUGGCUCACCAAGCAGCGCGCCACCCAAGGCCCCGUCUUCGGCUCAACCGACCGUUUCGAGGGUCUAGGUAUCUUCGUGGACACAUACAAGAACAACCGUCCCGGAGUGUCCUUCCCCUACGUCAUGGCCAUGAUGGGCGAUGGCUCGACCACCUACGACCAGGCUCACGACGGCAAGGCCAACGAACUCGCUGGCUGCUCGGCUCGUGGCCUCCGCAAUGCCCCCGUCCCUACCAAGCUCCGCCUUACCUAUUUCCAGGACAAGUCCCUGACUUUGGACCUGCAGUACAAGACCGAGGAUACCUGGACUAACUGCUUCACCCUCAACGCCGAGGAUACCAACAUUGCCAUUCCCUCCGUCGCUUACCUGGGUCUUUCUGCCGAGACUGGCGAGCUGAGCGAUAACCACGACAUCAUCUCUCUCAAGGCAGAGAAUCUGUAUGCCCUGAACCGCAACGCCGGUAACAAGGACUACGACGGUCCCAAGAGCCGUGGCCGCGGUGGUAACCGCUCCAACCAAAAAGAGUCCGGCAGCUGGUCUUGGUUCUUCUUCAAGAUCGUUCUCUUCUUCGGUGCCUGCAUCGGUGGUUACUUUGGCUGGACAAUUUACCGGACGAAGUCUCGGGCCUCGCGCUUCUAA